GAGUGCUUCCGGUAAAAGUUUCAAAACGUAUUUUGAAUGAAUUACUUUUUAUGUUUGAAAGUUAGGUUUGUUUAGAUAAAAACCUGUUAAAUAUGCGUAUUGGAUAUAUUUCCAAUUAAUACUGUCCCAGUGGAAUUAGGAUAGACACGUGUCAAGUCAUAAAACAUCUAAAAUAUCAAGCAAAAAAUCACAUGCUGUUUGAAAUUAUUUGUAAAACUAAAGUAAUUUUAAAUCAUCAUGAUCAUGCCCCUUAAUUCUACAGUGCAGUUGUAAAAAAUAAUUCAAAAUGACAAGUUUCGUAGAUCCAGAUGACGAUCCUGAAUUACACAGAUUGGAGGGUUCAUCAGGCAAAGAAAAGGGUGGACUUGUUAUAAUGAAAAAGAAAUCAGAACAAGGAGACUUUCAAUUCAAGAAACCAUCGCUUCCAAAAUUAUCGCUUUUGGGACUUGAUAAAUUGGCAGCAGAAAAAAGAAAAUUAGAUAUCAAAAGUGAAAAUACAACAAAAAGAUCAAAGGUUACAUCAUAUACAGACAGUAAAGAUGAAAGUGAUAGUAGUGAAUCAAGUAGUGACGAAGAAGAUAAUAAAUCUUCAAAGCAUAAAAGUCGCAAAGAAAGAAAUUAUAGACCACCAAGAGUAGAAACACCUUCGCAUCCUGGAGGUGUUAGCAAAGAAGCUAAAGAAAGACAGCAUAAAAGACACAAAGAAAAAGAGAGAGGAGUUUACAUGUCCUCUAAAGAAAGAGAGAAAAAGGAGAAAAAUAGAAAAGACAAAGAUAGAAGAAAAAACAGAGACAGAGAUGAAAAUAGAUACAGAAGGGAUAGAGAUUAUGACAAAAGAGAUCGGAGAGAUUCAGAAAGAAGACAUAGUUCUGAAAGGAGUAGUCGUAGAGGGAGUAGUCCCAGGGAAUGGUCAGAAUCACCCAGAUUUAAAGACAGCCCAGCUACACCUAAUAUUCAUGUCAAAGACACCCCAUCCAGAUCUAAUUGGGAAGAUGAUGAAGAUAUUACGCCCCUAAAGAGAUCUACCUGGGAUGUUCCCACUCCAUCACCGUCCAGACGUGAUGAUGACAGUGAGAGGAGUUACAGAUCAUCCAGGGAUUGGAAAUCAGAUAGAAGUUUCAGGAGAGACAAGAAAAGAUCCGAUGAGACGCCCUUGCCAACACCUACCUAUAAAUAUAACACAUGGGCAAGUGAUAAAAAGAAGAUACAAUAUACUCCAAGGGAUACAGAUGAAAAUGGAAAACAUGAGCCAUUUAAAUCUGAGGAGGAUCGUCUUGAAUGGGAAGACGAACAGAAACGUUUGGAUCGUGAGUGGUACGGUCUGGACGAGGGAUAUGAUGAUGAACACAAUCCAUUCUCUGGAACUUCAGAUGAAUAUACAAAGAGGAAAGAAGAGGAAAUGAAGAAAAAGAAGAAGAACAGAAUGUCAGCAAAGCAAAGGCAGAUACACAAAGAUAAUGAAAUGUGGGAGACUAACAGGAUGUUGCGGUCAGGUGUAGUUACUAAAACAGAUUAUGAUGAGGACUUUGAAGAAGAAAAUGAAGCCAGGGUUCAUCUACUUGUACACAAUUUAGUUCCACCAUUUCUGGAUGGAAGAAUUGUGUUUACAAAGCAACCAGAACCUGUUGUUCCUGUCAAGGACCCUACAUCAGAUAUGGCCAUUGUCUCAAAGAAAGGCUGUGCUGUAGUCAGAAAUCACAGAGAACAAAAAGAAAGGAAGAAAGCUCAACAGAAACAUUGGGAGUUAGCUGGUACCAAAAUAGGGGAGAUAAUGGGGGUCAAAAAAGAGGAUGAUAAGGAGGAAGUUACUGAAUCUGGUGAUUAUGAUUAUAAAAAAGAUCAGAAGUUUGCUGAUAUCAUGAAAGAUAGUGAAGCUGUCAGUGACUUCUCAAAGAAGAAAUCGUUAAUGGAACAACGACAGUAUCUUCCAAUAUUUGCUGUAAGAAAUGAGUUACUUAAUGUGAUUAGAGACAACAGUAUUGUGAUCAUAGUUGGAGAAACUGGUUCUGGAAAGACCACACAGCUCACACAGUACCUACAUGAAGAUGGUUAUACCAAAUGUGGUAUGGUGGGAUGUACCCAGCCCAGGAGAGUGGCAGCCAUGUCUGUAGCUAAGAGAGUAUCAGAAGAAAUGCAAGUCAAACUUGGAGAUGAUGUUGGUUAUGCCAUCAGAUUUGAGGACUGCACUUCAGAGAAUACAGUGAUAAAAUAUAUGACAGAUGGUAUAUUACUGAGAGAAUCGUUACGAGAGCAAGAUCUGGACAACUACAGUGCAAUCAUCAUGGACGAAGCUCACGAAAGAUCUUUAAAUACAGAUGUAUUAUUUGGUUUAUUACGAGAGGUGGUUGCGCGGAGAACUGAUCUAAAACUGAUUGUCACUUCAGCCACAAUGGAUUCCACAAAGUUUGCUAAAUUCUUUGGUAAUGUUCCAGAAUUUAUCAUCCCAGGACGGACAUUCCCAGUAGAGAUAUUCUUCAGUAGAAACACAGUUGAGGACUAUGUUGAUGCUGCUGUCAAACAGUCAUUACAGAUACAUUUAAUGGGUCUAGAUGGUGAUAUAUUGGUUUUCAUGCCAGGACAGGAAGAUAUUGAAGUCACAUGUGAAAUAUUGGCAGAAAGACUAGAAGAACUAGAUGAUGCCCCACCAUUAGCAAUCCUGCCUAUUUAUUCCCAGUUACCUAGUGACUUACAAGCUAAGAUAUUUGAGAAAGCUCCGGGUGGUAUGAGGAAGUGUAUAGUAGCUACUAAUAUAGCAGAAACAUCUUUAACAGUGGAUGGUAUAUUUUUUGUUGUUGAUGCUGGAUACUGUAAACUGAAGGUGUUCAAUCCAAAGAUUGGUAUGGAUUCUCUACAAGUUUUCCCAAUUAGUCAGGCAAAUGCUAACCAGAGAUCUGGAAGGGCUGGGAGAACAGGUCCAGGUCACUGUUACAGACUAUAUACACAGAGACAAUAUAAAGAUGAAAUGUUAAUAACAACCAUACCAGAGAUGCAGAGGACCAACUUAGCUAAUGUUGUAUUAUUACUGAAGUCACUAGGGGUACAAGAUCUGUUAAAAUUCCAUUUCAUGGACCCACCUCCACAGGACAACAUACUUAAUUCCAUGUAUCAGUUAUGGAUAUUAGGAGCUAUAGAUAACACAGGAUGUCUGACACCAAUGGGUCGACAAAUGGUAGAAUUUCCAUUAGAUCCAGCCAUGUCUAAAAUGUUGAUUGUCUCACUUGAAAUGCAGUGUAGUGCUGAAAUAUUGAUAAUAGUAUCUAUGUUAUCGGUGCCUGCUAUAUUCUACAGACCUAAGGGGAGAGAAGAAGAUUCAGAUAAUGCCAGGGAGAAGUUCCAGGUCCCUGAAAGUGAUCAUCUUACUCUACUAAAUGUUUAUCACCAGUGGAAAAAGAAUGGAUACUCAGCCACUUGGAGUAAUGAACAUUUUAUACAUAUCAAAGCUAUGAGGAAGGUUAGAGAGGUGAGACAACAAUUAAAAGAAAUAAUGGAUGCACAAAAAAUGCCUCUUAUAUCAUGUGGUAAUGAAUGGGACGUGGUCAGAAAAACUAUUUGUUCUGCUUACUUCCAUCAAGCAGCUCGUCUGAAGGGUAUUGGAGAAUAUGUCCAUGUAAGAACAGGCAUGCCCUGUCAUCUUCAUCCAACUAGUGCCUUGUUUGGUAUGGGAUUUAACCCAGAUUAUAUAGUCUACCAUGAAUUAGUUAUGACUGUCAAGGAGUAUAUGCAGUGUGUAACAGCCGUGGAUGGUCAUUGGUUGGCAGAGUUAGGUCCCAUGUUUUACAGUAUUAAAGAUUCUAGUAAAACCAGACAGGAAAGAAAGAAACAUGCUAUAGAUGAAAUGAGUGCUAUGGAGGAUGAGAUGAGACGAGCAGAAGACUUGAUCAAAGUCAGGAAAGAACAUCAAGAACAACAGGCCACAGCUUCAGUUAGAAAAACUACCAUUGCCACACCAGGCAGGAAUGAACCAGGAACACCUACACCAAGACGUGGCAAGUUUGGAAUCUGAGUCGGGGUAUAGAUGGUGGAGGACCCAACGACAAGCACUGAUUGACAGGCAAACUAACUAGUCUGUAGGGAUAUUUUGAAGGAGUAUAUACCAUCGUCUCUCUGCUCCUCAGAUUAGAAAAAAAAUGUGACUAAAAUGGAGAUGUUUUUCACUUUUGAAAAUCUGUGACAGCGCAACUAUGGAACAGUAUCUAGUGUAAAUAUGGUCAGAUUUGAUAUUACAAUUCUGUAUUAUAAUACUUUAUUGAAAUGCAGGAUCCAGUACUGAAAACAUUCAUAUGAAUAACAGUACUUGUAAUGAAUAAUUGACUAUUAUUUGUUCAUAGAAGUGAUUUGUAUAAAAAUAUGAACCAAUUUUAUGUUAAUGAAAUAUAUU